AAAAGGAAAGCGACGCCUGAGAGCGACGCUCGCUUGCAGCUGAUGUACCGUUGGCUCAAAAAUGGAGAGCGACACCACUAUCAGGAGAAUAAAAUCCUUCGGGACACAGAAUUAUGUAGCGCAAGAUAACGACGGUUCCCGAGACCUGUGCGGGAAUAACGGCUAUAGUGGUGACCCGAAGAGGAAACCCGAAGUGAACCUGUACCUGCUGAGGGAAGGGUUGGCAGCUUCCCUGGUGUCUGUGUUUAUUUUGGUGCUGUGGGGACUGGUUCAUUUGUCGUUACAGCAGCUUGUCAUUGGAAAGCCGACCGGCGACUUCAACGCAGUGAGAGCCAGACGGCACUUGGAGCAGAUCACCAGUGUUGGCCCGCGACCAGUGGGCAGUCAGGAGAAUGAAGUUCUGACAGUGGGCUACUUGUUGGAGCAGAUUGAGAACAUCCGAGUCGAGACUGCAGCAGGCCCCCAUCAGCUCACGGUGGACGUGCAGCGUCCCACCGGCUCUUUCUCCAUUGACUUUCUUGGAGGCUUCACCAGCUUCUAUGAUCAUGUCACCAACAUUGCUGUCAGGCUGGAGACCAAAGGUGGCGCAAACCAUCUCAUGCUCGCCAACUGCCACUUUGACACAGUGGCCAACAGCCCAGGCGCCAGUGACGAUGCAGUGAGCUGUGCAGUGAUGCUGGAAGUCCUCCAUUCUCUGGCCAACCAGUCCACUCCUCUUCACCAUGGAGUUAUCUUCCUCUUUAAUGGGGCAGAGGAAAAUAUCCUGCAGGCCAGUCAUGGUUUCAUUACUCAGCAUCCGUGGGCCAAGCAGGUGCGGGCCUUUAUUAACCUGGAGGCUGCAGGUGUUGGGGGCAAGGAGGUUGUUUUCCAGACAGGUCCAGAGAACCCGUGGCUGGUCCAGGCCUACGUCCAUGCAGCUAAACACCCUUUUGCCUCUGUGGUCGGCCAGGAGGUCUUUCAGAGUGGUAUCAUCCCCUCUGACACCGACUUCCGCAUCUACAGGGACUUUGGUAACAUCCCAGGCAUUGAUCUGGCUUUCAUUGAAAACGGUUUCAUCUACCAUACCAAGUAUGACACUGCUGACAGGAUCCUGACAGACUCGAUACAGAGAGCCGGCGACAACAUCCUGGCGGUGCUGAAGUACCUGGUAAUGUCAGAGAAGUUGGCUGAUUCCUCAGAGUAUCGUCAUGGCAACAUGGUAUUUUUUGACCUGUUAGGGGUGGUUGUGGUGGCGUACCCCGCCCGUGUUGGCACCAUCCUCAACUAUAUGGUUGCCACAGCCACCUUCCUCUAUCUGGCUAAGAAAGCCUCACUGCCUGGCAACGGGGGUGGUCGCUAUAUUCGAGAUCUGGCGUGUGCCACGGGUGUAGCAGUGCUGAGCUGGUUCGUCACCCUGCUGUCGGUGCUGAUUGUAGCUCUGCUCGUGACUUUGCUGGGCCGCUCCAUGUUUUGGUACAACCAUUUCUACGCCUCCAUCUGCCUGUACGGGGCUGCAGCCACUGGCAAGAUGAUCCUUAUCCACACCCUCGCCAAGAACCUCUACUACGGGGGAGUCCGCCUGGUGGAACUGGGUGAUCUCUACUUUGAUGUGAGCCUGCUUCUGUGGUGCUGCAGCCUGGUGUGGCUGACCCAGCAGGGCCUGUGUUCAGCCUAUGUGCCCAUGCUGAUGGUGGCCUUCCCCCUGGCCACUAGACUGCUGCUAGCUAAGGAGUUUAAACACAGAGGAGCAUCGGUGAAGUACAGUGUGCUCUACCUGUUGGGCCUGGCGUUGCCAUACGUCCACUUCAUGUUCCUCAUCUGGGUGGUGUUUGAGAUUUUCACUCCCAUCAUGGGUCGCAGUGGCACAGAGAUACCCCCUGAGGUGGUGCUGGCCUCCCUGGUCACCCUCACAACCAUCUUCCUCUCCUCUUUUUUUCUGCAUUUCAUCUACUUAGUGCGGAGCACUAAGUGGAUCCUGGCUGGUCUGGGCUCAGUCUUCAUCAUCAUGUUCCUGUUGGUGUCCUGCGGCUUUCUAUUUCCUUAUUCAGGCAGUCCAGACAGCCCUCGGCCUAAACGAGUCUUCCUGCAGCACACGACAAGGACCUUCCACAAUCUCCAGGGCCAGGUGGAGAGCCGGGACUCGGGUCUUUGGAUAAACAGCUUUGACUUCACAGCCAUACAGCACAUCACACCCGACAUCCCUGAGAUCAACGACAGUGUUCGCACUCACUGCCGGGAGGACCGACCCUUCUGUGGUUACCCCUGGUUCCUGCCAGUGAAGUUCCUCAGCAAGAAGAACUGGUACCUUCCUGCCCCAGAAGUGUCUCCCAGCUCUCCAGUGGAGUUCAGCCUUCUGUCCAAAGAGGAGACCAGCUGGGGGACGAUCAAGAUGACCUUCAGUGCAAAAGGCCCCAGCCACAUGUCUCUGUAUCUGAUGCCUCACCGAGGAGCCAGCCUCUCCACCUGGUCCUUCGGCGACGGGACGCCUCAGUUUGACCUGAGCGGAGAAUAUUUUGUCUUCUAUUCCCACGGCCUUGAUGCCCCCACAUGGACCUUCUGGUUUGAAAUACAGCCUCCCAGGGACCCGGACCCAUCAGGCCCCGAAGGGAUGAUCUCCGUCGCCAUCUCCUCCCACUAUUUCUUUGGGGAAGACCAGAGGACUGCUCAGCUAGAGGAAAUCCUCCACAGGUUUCCCACAUGGGUUUUUCCUUCAUCUUGGGUCAGUACCUACGACAUGUACCGCUACUGAGGAGAGCACGCAUCCUGAACGCUGAUGCUGAGGAGGGCUGAGGGCUGCAGGGGCCCCAAGACAGCCAGAGAAAAGCGAUAUCAAGGAAACAAUACUGAGGACCAGCCCUGCCGCCUUUUCACUCUGACACAAACACACACUCUAACACACACUCACGCUCUCUCCCGGUCUGCCUGAGAGACCCCCAUCACUGUGUCAGUAGGCUUAGUAGCUAACCGAGCAGGAUGACGCGCAGAGGCAUGCCAGAGGUAAGCUGACCAAAGCUUACGGACUGAAUAACUCACCGACCGACGCACUGGCCACCACAAGCCUUGCGCUCACUCCUGGGGUAGUGAAACGAAGGGGUUAAGAUUUUCUUUUUGUACUCAAUCUGUCGUGCCUUUGCUUUCUGUCCUCCCGCUUUUCUUCCUCUGUCAUGCUAACACUCUUCCUGAAUGAAUAAUGUUGCAUGGCUCCCUCUGCUCCUCUGUCUUUAUCAGCAAUUCACUCGGGCCAUCCUCAGACUAGAUGUGUCUCUAACUUCCUCUGCUAAAAUAACACCACUACCACCAUCUACACUGUAGGUGUAGUAACAUACUGAUGGAUCUGUUUGGGAAAGGAAACAAAGACCUGUUUUUGUUUGACUCCUCCUCUGACUUUAACUGGAAACUUUGACACUUUGAAAGUCACUUUUCAUCAACACGCACUUGUUAUAUUACGUGCAAAUAGUUUUCGUAUUAGCUAAGCAAACUGUGAAACUCCUCACUAAAGACCACUGAUUUGCAGCAAGUCGUACCUAUGUGUUUCAAUGGGGCAUGCCAACGAUCUGCUUUAAUUGUCAGAGAACCUGGCAUGCAGAUGCAGAACACUGUGCCUGUUAAAUGAAAACAGCUGGCUGAAAUCAAAAUGUCAAGGUUUGUCAAGGUUUGAGCUUGAUGAGGCCAGAACUCUCAAGGAAACACAGACUCGUGGCUGUGUACACGUCCUGUGAUUUCUAAUUAUUCCUUGAACCUUGAGGGUGGCUGGGUGGGAAACCAGCAAUGCAACUCCAUACUUAUUACUAACUGCAUCAGUGUCAGUUUGUUCUGUCUCACAAGAGUUGAUUAUUUACAUUUAUACUGUAAUAGUAUUUAUACUUGUUCUGAGCUCUGUGCUACGAGUUGUCUCCAGCAGCACUAAUGAAUAUCUUAUUUUGUAAUGAAGGAAAGUAGAACUGCAACGGUUAAUUGAUUGAUCAAUCAGUCAAUAGAAAGAAAAUUAAUCUGCUGCUAUUCUGAUAAUUGAUUAAUAUCUUUUUACAUUUCUAUCAUUUUUCAAGCAAAAAUGCCAGAAACAUGGCUCCAAGCUGGUUUCUGCUUUUCAUAAUUAACUUUUAGAGUGAAGCUGACCCUACUAGGAUCCACAUAAUCAUUUAUCCCAUUCAUCUAAUUUCAUUCUUCUCCCACUUGUGCUGAAAUGCACUUAAGAAUGUCAAAUAAUGCAUUGGUACCUCUGGAGACAGCUUAUAGUUUUAUCUGUCGUCUACUCAUUUUCGUGGCGCGUGUUCCAAAUUUUUCCUCUUAUCCUAUUAUUGGAGCUGCAUCUGUACUGUUUAUAACCCAAGUAUCAUAACUACAAUCCAGUUAGUAUGAACUGUUUUACAUGUGUCCACUUCACAUGGUGGACCCCAUAGUGAACGUUAUAGUCAUUGCCACCACUACCUCCAUAUUGAUCAAAACUUGUCCGCGUCCGACACCAAUAUAAGAGUUAUUAAUGGUCUUGUAAAGACUAGUUUGAAUGUUAUUGUGGGAAAGAUUGAGAUAAUAUUUAGCUAACUGACAUUGACUAAUGUUAAAGAGAUAGAGAGAUUAUUGUGUGUCUGUGGGCCAGAUCCGUUUUGUGUUUUGAUAGAUGAAUUGCGUAGAGGUGCUAUCAGAGAAUCAGAGUCUUCUCGCCGCCUCCAGUCCGACACACUGAUGACAUCUGUUAAAACACAAAAAAACAAAAGCCUCACAUAGCUGCUUGUUGGUUGUCCAGACUUCCCGGCUCCCUCCAUGUGUAAUCAAAUGUGGAAUCAAGUUGUAAAAACAUGGGAGAUUAUUUGCACUUAGGAGAUCAACUGAUAAAAAGUUAUCGCCUUUUCUCCACUUUGUGUUACACCCGGUGACGCGUCCUUGUCGUCCAUGUUGUCCGUUUUGGCUUCAGUCACACAAGAUAAGAAAUACUGACAUGAAGGAGGCCUUAACGUUUUGCUUCCAAAGACACACAAAAUGUUUACUGUUGUGGACACAAAUGUCUCACUGGUCUUAAAAGCUAUCAAGUGCCACACUGUACAGCAUUUCUUCAAAUCCAUCACAGCCUUCAAUAGCACUUGGCAAUUUGGAAACAGAUUGUCCUACUAUGCUCUUUCCUUUAUGCAUUUUGUGUAACGGCUAAUGAGCAAAACAGAAAAUGAUGAGAUUGAAAGUUUGGAAACAGGAAUUGACAGAAACAAUCUCAUCACAAGGUUCACUCAGUAGCUUCUCAAUCAUAUGACAUGAUAUGCCCCAGCAGAUGGAAUUGCAACAUAACGUGAUAUUAUGGAGAGACUAUUUUUGUCAAAAACCAGAUGAUCUUAUCAGCUGACUGCAGUGUAAUAACCUGCCCUUAAAAAAAGAAAAACAUCAAAUCUAUCAGAUACCUGCUGUUAUGAAUUUGAAAUUGUUGGAGAUUUGAUAGUUUAUUGUAAUUGUCAUUAAGUUUUUUUUUUUGCUCAUUCAAAAGGACCAUAACUGUUUAUUUUGUACCCUUUACCACAAGUCUUAUUUCAGAGUAAAAGCAUGUUUGAUUACUGAAGUCAACUGGAGAAUAAUUGCCCGUAAUCUAAAUGUGCUAAAACAUGGGGGGAAAAAAAACACCAGUAUGGUCCUUUUUAAUGUUUUUAAUAAUUUAAGCCUCUGUACCAGAUGUGCUAUUCCACAGCUGUUAGUAAUGGAGUCAGCAUUUACUGCAGCAGAAACAGAAACGCAAAGUGUUUCUUCCUCAUACUGCACAGCUGGCCUGGUGUGUCCUGCACUGUGAUCAAGAUCAUCUAGCUCGCUCUCUGACAUUUUGAAAGUGCAUUUUUCUUUUUGAGUUUCUGUAGUCCGUCAGUAGGUGAUGGUUCAUCAGUUAACGGAGCAGGAACUGAUGUGUUUUCAGACAUGUCAGACGUCCUAAAGAUGGUCUUUUAUCUUAUGUCUUUUGAUUUAACAUCUGAUGAAGAGGCACCUAAAAAUAACAGUCUGACAUUAGAAUGAAGUCUUUUCUGCUGAAGUAAACCAUAUAUUUGAAAAGGACCUCCAGCUAACACACAUCCACACUGCUCUGUGUUUGUGUGUGUGUGCGUGCGUGCACAUGUCUGGCUGUACAGUGCAGUGGAACAGAAACUGAUGACGGAAGUGACAGAAGAUGCAUCUAUUCUGUUAUAUAGAACAUAUUUCAGUCGAAAUACAGGAGGGUCUAUGGGAGAAAAAAAGCUUUAUUAACAAAUGUACAUUAAUAUUUUUCUAAAAAUCUGUUAAGUGGUGUACUGUAGUUUUGUUUGAGGCUGAAAAGACUUCAAAAGCAACCAGAGUUACUGACCAUUUCAAGUCGUGGCAGAAAUGCGACCAUUUUACUUGGAUUUUUGUUUAUACUUACAACAUUAAAUGGGAUGAUAGUUGAUGAAGAAGUAGUAACACAGAACUACAGGACGGAGCAGGGAGGCGUUUGACGUAAGUGCUGUGAAAUGGCUCAUCCUACGCCGUUGGUGCUCCCCCUGUUAAGACUACAGCAUACACUGACUGAGCACAUGCUAGACAGCUUAACAUUUGAAAUAAAAACAACUACUUUUAGGAUAAAGCGAAAAAGUCACAUUGUUACUGUGCGACAGGAUCUAAUGCAUUAAUGUUACUCGGUUUAGACUGAGAGGCUGACCAAGCACCGCAGUGUGUUUGUUGUUGGACGUAGCUUUAUCUUCAUCACAUGAAACAGUCAAAAAAAAAAAAAAUUUAACAAUCAUUCACACAAAUGUCCAUAUCAGCUUAAGAAAUAAAGAGUUGAACUGAAAUCUAUUCCAGCAUACACGCUAGAAUGUCUUAAUGCCUUUUGUUGAAGGAUGUUUCUUUUUUUAAUUUGUUAAAGGUUUUGUUAUCGUUACGAGUUUCUUUUUUUUUUUUUUUCCAACAUCUUGACUUUUCACCCAUGCCUAUUUGUUUUAGAAGUUCAGUUUUUGUUGAAUUAAAUUAAGAUUAGUUUUUUUAAACAAUGCUGAUCAUUUUGUUUAUUUUUUUGUGAUUGAUGUGACACUUUACUGUAACAGUUAAGUUUCUCUUCUGAACUGCUGUUUUGGUUUUUUUUUUUUUUUUAAUGCAUAUUUGUCUGUUAGUUGGAAUUAAGUGAUUGAUGUGACUGUUGUGACUGGGAUUAUUGGGAUCGAUCUGGGUAACAGGGUUUCCAUCUCUUGAAUGGAUGGGAUGAUUUUACAUUAUGCAAAAAGCUUGAAUUAAAUUAGCAACUGUACAGCAAUUAAAAU